AUGGAACGCCGUACGACCCCGAGCCACGACGAGCACCACGAGGGCGAGGAUGGCUUCAAGCCCUUCGACACCCUCAACGACACCGCCAAGGCUGGUAUCGUCGGCGGCGCCAGUGGUCUCUUCAUUGCCUCCAUCCGCAAUGCUCUGUCCAAGCGCAACGUCGGCGCCUUCAGUGUCUUCACCCGCGGCGCCCCCAUUAUCGGCCUUGCCACCGCCGCUCCCGCCGCCUACGUUUUCUUCUCACGAAGCUCGAUGAACCUACGCGAAAAGGACGAUGCCUGGUCUGCAGCCUUUGGUGGUUUCAUGAUGGGUGCUGUUCUCGGCAUGCCCUCACGACGAAUGCCCGUUGUGGUGGGGCUCGGUUCUGGUAUUGCCGUCUUCCAGGGUAUGUUCUACUACCUCGGUGGCCGAUUCGACACCUUCAAGAAGGAGGAGGACGAGUUCGCGCGCAAGGAGGCUCUCCGAAGGACAACCCGAUUGCCUGUCGAGCAGACCGUCUCGGAGAUUGGCGAGGGCCGAGGAAUCCGACCUCCCGGUUAUGAGGAGCGACGAGCCGAGCGACUCAAGGAGAAGUAUGGGUUCGAGGUCAACCCAGUUAACGCAACUGUUGAGGGCAGUCUAUAA